GAAGAAAAGGUAAUUUCUUCAGGAACAACGCCUGCUGAUCCAGGAACACCUGAGGACACAACUGGAUCCGCACCAGUUAUUGGCCCACCUGCAGUACUCAGUACUACUCCAACCCCAACUACAACGCCUACGACAACUACGAAAGCAUUCUCUGUAGACGAGCUCGUGUGCACGGUGGGGGGAAAGGCCAUCUUCCCCGAAAUGAUCCCGACUGACGGGCUGUGCGACUACAUCUACUACACCAACGUCGCGGUCGUUCAUGGCAUCAUGCACGGCAUCGAAACCCAAGAAAGCUGGUCAAUGUUCAAGCUGGUAAUGAAGAACCGCACAAAGACUUCCGGUGGCAUCGGAUUCGAUAUCCGGUACUCAGCCCCGGAGAGUAUGAACGCAACGACCGAAAAGAACCUGCAAGAUCAUUCGAUGCACAACAACAUCAAGCACUACGGCGUGUUGAACGUGUUGCACACAUCAAAGAAAGUAAAGCGUCUAUACGACAAAGCGAAAGCGCUUCUCGCACAUUUGAAGGCUCUACAAGGGUCAACAAAUGCCAACAACUCGAAAACGUUAAUUGCUCUCGGCAUAUACAAUUAUCGCGGCGAUACCACGAUGGGCGUCCUCAGCGAUAUGUUCUACGAUGCUGUCACCAACCAGGUUGCGGACACGGUCAUCGUCUACUCCUCUGUGGGCUGGAUCGAGCGAGACAGCGAGUGCGUCAGCCACCCGCCAUCUGUGUUUCAAAGAAGCGACCUGACAGGGGCGGCUCUCGUAAAUGCUGACCGGGCACCUGAUAUGAAAAGCAUUACAACGCUCAUGACGAGAGACCAGCAAUUCCCCUCCAGCACCAAGGUGGGGCUAUCCUUCGAGCUGGGCACCCUCGUCUACACCGUAAAUUCCGCAAAAAAAGGUGUCGAGACAGAUUUGGUCAACGUUCCGUGCAAGAGCCUCUACGUCACCAACUUCGACGUCGUGCCUUGCCUGGCAAACACCCAGACCAACCGAGCCAAAAGAUAUGAAGGCGUCGAGGCGGCCCAAUCAACGUCCGAUAUAAGGCAGGUCAUCCUUUUCGAGAGCAACAAUACCAUCUUCUACAAGAUCAAAAAGUUGGCCGAGAAUUCCACCUUCCUGCGGCCGGGCAUGUCACUGCUGCUGCUCAACGCCCACCUCGGGGACUUCAGGAACCGCACGUCGAACCCGUGUGUCCAGUUCAACGAAAAAGACCGAGACGACCCGUUCUACCGAAUCAGAGUAAUUAAGACAUGGCUCGGGUUGAACUAAAGCCGAACCGAGGCAGCUUGGCGAAGAGUGGUCGUCGGACUGUGGAGUGCUGUGUGUGGCGCUAGUGACAAGCUCCUGCCUUGGCCUUCAACCUCGUGUUGUGCUGUCAUAAAGUGCGACACCCGACAGGAUGACUGCGUUUCCUCAUUAGUCGACCCUUUGCGUAUUUCAACAAUACUAACGUACCUCUUA